UGCCAUUGCAGUGUGCGCUCUGAAGCGUUAGAGUUGCUGUAAGCUUGAGCUGGCUUUGAAUAAAGAGGCGGUCAACAUGUUGGAAUGCGGUUCACCAAUAAGGAUGUACACCUGCCACACGAUGUGGCUUUGUUCUUUCUGAAAUGAAGCGACGCUGGUGUUUUUAUUAUUAUUAUUAUUAUUAUUAUUAUCUCCCCUACACCUUCAAGUAUGCUUUCCAGAAACAAGAGUACAAUUGAACACGCUUCAGUGCCACCCAUGCUGCACGGAAAAUCAGGAAAGAAGGAAAACCCACCCCUUUUGCGACGUAUGCUAUCCCGAAAGAAGAGUAAAAACGAAGCGUCGAAACCAGCCGAGGUGCCCGGAAAAUAUGUGAAGAAGGACACCUCGCCGCUCCUGAGAAAUUUGAUGCCCUCGUUCAUUCGGCAUGGUCCGACCAUUCCAAGACGGACAGACGUGUGUCUGCCAGACUCUGGACCCGCGGGUUAUUCCGUGGCAGCGGUGCCGGCCGUGGUGCCCAGCAGCGAGGCCGUCAUUUCCCGGAACCAGAGUUUCCUGCGGCCGCCAGUGCAGCGGCAGCCCCGUGAGAUUGCGCGGCGGGAGAGCAACCGCCUCUCUGCGCCCGCCUACAUUUCACGCAGCCUGGCUGACAUUCCCCGGGAGUACGGCAGCUCGCAGCCCUUCCUGCCCGAGGUGAACCCAGUGGCGGAGAACGGAGAAGCUAGCAGCGGCGGCCGCUAUUUCUACCCCCCGGACCCGUACUACGAGGGCCAGCGGCGGCGGAACGUACCCGACCGCGUGCACGAGGACUAUCGGUACUACGAACACAGUAACGAUCACUUCCAAAGGGGGCCGGCGCAAGGAAGGCACCCUCAUGCCAUCGGAAGAAUCCAGGCAAAGUCUCUGGGGAACCUGACCAGUCCGGGCGGAGAUGACCUGCCCCUGCCCCCAGGCUGGACGGUGGACUGGACGAUCCGCGGCAGGAAGUACUACAUCGACCACAACACCAACACCACCCACUGGAGCCACCCGCUGGAGAGAGAGGGCCUGCCGCCAGGCUGGGAGAAGGUGGAGUCUGCAGAGUUCGGGGUCUACUACGUGGACCACAUCAACAAGAGGGCACAGUACAGGCACCCCUGUGCACCAAGUGUCCCUCGCUAUGACCAGCCUCCCCCUCUCCCCCCACCUGUCACUUACCAGCCACGGCAGGCAGACCGCAAUCAGCCUGUUCUGGUGCCAGCAAACCCCUACCACACUGCAGAGAUCCCAGACUGGCUGCAGGUCUAUGCCAGAGCACCACUCAAGUACGAUCACAUCCUGAAGUGGGAGCUGUUCCAGCUGGUGGAUCUGGACACAUACCAGGGCAUGCUGAAGCUGCUGUUCAUGAAGGAGCUGGAGCGCAUCGUCAAGUCCUACGAGGCCUACAGGCAGGCCCUGCUCAGCGAGCUGGAGAUGCGAAAGCAGAGGCAGCAGUGGUACGCCCAGCAGCACAGCAAGAACUUCACAGGAAACAUGUGAGAGGAGGAGGAGGACAUGGGCUUAAUCUCCCACUUCCACAGGUUCUUGGACUCGGGGGUUUCCUCCUACACUUACCAAUGCGCUUUUGAAUAACUUGCCGCCCGUUUGUUUGGUUUCAGAUCUGAGAUGUAACGAGGUUUGGGGUGAGGAGGGGUCCAGCUAGAUCGAGCCCAUUUAGCACCCCCCCACCGCCCACCCCACCCCAAUUCCACUGCACAUUCGAGGUGAUGUGCGCUGAGAACUGAAGUGACCAAACGCGGAGGGCAGAAAGAGGGCAUCUUAUAAUCAUUUAUUUAUUGGCUGCAGGGUUGUAGACAAAUAAUACAAAUAAUACGUUGCACCUUUGUCUUUGGGAGGCUGAGUUUUUUUAAUUCCCUGUUAAAUGAUGGGCUGUGCAACCUUUAUUAAUAAUGAAUAAGCUAGAGCAGGACAAGAACACAUUCAUGUCUACUCUAAAGGAGUGAUUCUUGCUGUGAACACCUGGACUGUCUGUCAACCUGUUUUUACGAUUUGAAAUGUCCUGUAUUUCUAUCUGUUUCAUGCUGCAGUGUUUUGUUUGCUUGCUUGUUUUCAGUUGAACAGUUUGUGGCGUGGGCCCUUGCUCUGCAAUGAGAAUCACUUGAUGAUGUUGCUUAGCAGCGAGCCAUUCCUAGGAGCUUAAUUAACCACUUUCUCAGAGAUCAGGUAGCCCCAAGGCUACAUUUGCAAGUAAAAAAAAAAAAAAAGAACCCUGUUUUGUUUCCAUCGAUUAGUUUUUUUUUUUUUUUUUGUGUGUUUUCUUUUAGACCAUCUUUGACUGGUGUUUAAUGUCUAGUUGCAGAUUGUAUUGUAUUUCAGCGUGGAACUUGAUGUGCUCUUAUUUACAGCCUGCUUUCCUUCAUGGUGCAGAAGAGUUGAUCACUUGGGGAAGUUAUUUUACAACCAAAGGAUUUCUAAGACAUGGGAUAAGAAACUUCAGCCCUUCCAGUCUAGGUCUUUGUUUCAACUACAGGGUUUGAAAAAGACCUGUUUGCAUAGCGGUUUCAUUCAUUGCUGGUAUUACUGAGUUUAAUAACACACCUGUGCUUCCUGUACAAUAUGGCUAAUCAAGCUUGUAUUAAAACCUGGAAUGGGUGACACUGCUGUGCAACAGGAGUCUUAUUGCCAUCCCUGAACCAUGUUCUCCACUGCAAUCUAGUGAACUAGCUGUCCGUUGCAUUGCUACAAACAGUGCGUCUGUGUAGGUCCUGGGGCCAGUGCUGAAGCAGUCGUCUUCUGCAUUUGCUGGAGAUAAGCUGGCCCUGCCUGCACUGGUCCUUGGGAAGGUGUUCCACACCAGUGUGGUUACAGUGAGCAUGCACUGCAGCCUCCCAAAGCUACUUUGCCAUGCUCCAGCGUUUCGUCAUCCCGCAUCGAGUUUCAGCUUUGAGUCACUACUUUGCGCUUGCAGAUGUCUAAAUUAGACUAGCUGCUCCCUGUUCAAACAGUCAUGUCCUGCACUGUCAGGCCUCUCCACAAAGCUCCAAGGAUAACAAGAACAUUCAUGAAUGAAGUCAGCAGACCAGCUAGCCAUACACACUCCCUGAAUCACGGACUCAUGCUGGGGGCUCUAUUUUGUUACCUGUAAUGACAGAUUUAUUUUGUACAGAGAAUAUUUCCCUGUAAUUAUUUACAUACUGUGUUUGUUCUUUUCCUAGGUCAUGUGGGGCGAGGGGUUGGAAUUGGGCUGUGCUCCCAGGAUCUUUUUAUUUAUUAAUUCUUUAUAGUGCAAUAUGUGUGUAAACAUUAAUCCUGCAAUAUCAGCAAUCUGUGCCCUUUACUUUAUAUUAAA